CUGCAGGAUUCGAACCUACGCUCCCGAGGGAACGCCCUUAGCAGGGGCGCGCGUUAACCACUCCGCCAAAGCGACUUCCGAUUAUGCCUUCCCAGGCAGAAAUUAAGUCCAGAUUCGUGUCGCGCUCCCCCAUUCGACGCCACUUCCACUUCCUGCAUGGCUACCUAUCUUGGGGGACAUCGAGAUAAGCCCUGCAGCAGCAGCACCCGCGAAACGGCUCGAGAGAUAAGAGACCAGCCCUCUCAUGUGGCUCAAAUUCUUUGUCUGCCAUGCCGAUGGCUGUCCUUUCCCCUCUUAUGCAAAUUGAUAGCAAUCAUGUCAGAAGCCCUGGCAGCUACUACUACUACCACCACCACCACUCCCACGCUUGAUGCUGCUGACGAGGUCGAGCUGGCGAGGGUGGGCGGCCUUGUCGAGCGCCUCGCCUCUGCAUUCGAAGCCGGCCUGGACUUUUACAACACUUGGCUACAGAGGCAACAAGCAUCAAACAGCCACCACACAAGCACCAGCACCCACCGCUUCCACCCCGCCGCCGCCCGGGUUCGCCCGAUCAAAUGCGCCGUGGACACCUCUCUUGACAUGUCCAGCUACCGGAUUCAGUCUACCUAUCAAAUCGGCUUUACUCUCAUCGGUCCCGAGUUUGCAGCCGGCGACGAUCGAACCUGCCAAACCCUGCACACCAACCUCUUCCUCCUCCAAUCCAAGAUACACCACCUCUGCCACACAAUCAGUUCCUCCCUUGACCCUCACCACCAACCGCAACCUCUCCCUCUUCGAGAAGUUUAUCUUUGCUCUGAACAAGUCCGUCUUAGCUCUGUUUCCGCCCUGACGCAACAGUACCGCCGCAUGGCAGCUGGCCGGCCUUCUCUCCCGAGAAACUUGCCUGUUCCCAGACCGAAGCGGAUGUCGGCUUUGCUGGAUGAUUUGGAUGAGGCUGACUUGCGAUUCAUGUCGGAAGAGAGGCCGAUGAGCGAAGGGAGCUUUGUCACGGUGGGGGAUGGGGGUGGGGUGGAGAGGGUGGUGACGGCGGAGAGCGAGGUUCCUGUUGUGGAGGUGAGGUCGAAUCCGCCCUCGCCGCCGUUAACGCCCAAGGUGAGGGGGGUGGAGGGGUUCUGGAGUGGGGGUUGUGUUCAAGGGAGUGUGAAGAUAGGGGGUUGAAGGGAAACAAAGAGGGUCGGGUCUUUGGCAUUGGGCGUUCCGGUUUUGAUUUGGUGGUUUUUGGUA